AUGGACGCCCACAGCUCCGACGACAGCCUUUCUGCGGUUGUCAACAGCAGCAGGUCGAGGACAAAGUCGUGCAAAACGUGCAAGCAAGUCCCCGUUCCAGCCUGGUCGAGUCGGGUUAAUUGCAUCAACUGUCGAGAGAAAAACAGGAAGAAACAACAGCUCGUGAAGGCCAGGAAAGAGUUAAGAUUCAUGCAGGCACUGGCUGGAGUCAGCUCAGAUGCUUAUUCGCGUUCCAGCGACACCGAGGACGGCAGCGCAACCCCAACAGGCAGGACGACGCCGACGCCCAAGUCCAUUAGCGCCCCAGUUCGACCCAAAGAGAAUAGAGACCCACGUCGCUUCUCCUUGGAUGCUCGACUCCGAGCUGUUCAAAAACAGCGCGCCAUGGAUGCCGCUCCAGUCCAGAAACGACCGCCAAAACGCUUGAAGGAACUGGAGGGAGACGAACGACAGGUAGCAUUGAAGAUGAUGAAGGCGAGGAUACGGGAGGUUGUCGACCAAAGGAGCUACCUGGCUCAGUCUCCGGGAUUACCUACCUUCCAAGGGACAGAGUUCCAAAACGCGUCUGCCCUCUACAGAGCCCUCAACCAGGCUGUAAUCGAUGCCAAUAGCUCGUCGAGUCUCCUCCGAUUCCGUGGCUACCAUUCGAUCAUCAAAACCAACGAUUGCGACCAUCUUAGCCGCCUCGACAUGGUCAUCAGAGACAUCCGUGGUCUAACCGGAGUCCGUUUCCAACGCGAACAACAGAUCCCAACAACAUCGACGACGACCAAGUCUAUCAAAAGCUUUCUGUGCACCUGCAAAGGCUUCAAAUCCACAGUUUCACAGACGGCGCUGGCGCCUCCAAAGAAGACGAGCAACCUAUUGAAGUGGGCUAGAGGCGUCAGGAAGGAGCAGACUUCCAGUGAAAAGGUCCGAAUCGAGUGUCAUGGGGUCGUCUCCGUCAUCGUCGAGUCGGACAACAGCCAUCCUUGUGGUAUUCCAGGCCAGCGCAUAAUCGUUUCGAUUGAGCAUACGACGCCGACCCAGAGGUUGCGUUAA